AUUCUGCCACUUCCGCUCAGAGUGGGAAGUGGAGCGGAGAGGUUUUCUGGCUGCUGUUAGUGAAAAUCGUCUGCUCUAUGAAAGUGCUUUUACCGUUGUUUCACGAUCAAGGUGUAAUAAGAAGAAAUGGAUUUAGGAUAGUUUGGUGUUCAUAUAAUUGAUGCAUAAAGUGUACAAAUGCGUGCGCAUAUUUUGGAUUAUUGUUUUUGUACAGUGAAAACAAAUAUGCAUGAUAUUCCGGCGAGUGAUUCCUUCGCUUGUCCACUCAGGAAAGGUUUUCUUCACAAACUGACCGGAAGGGGUUGGUUCUAUUCCGGGACUUGGAAAAGUCGAUACUGCGUCUUAGACGGAUCGAAGUUUUAUUUCUACGAGAAAGAACAAAGUAAAGGGAGUGAAAAGAGUUGUGGAGUUCUCAACCUGGAUUACUAUGAUUUGUGUGAAGAGAACAAGACCAAAGACAAAAAGAAUCCCCACGUCUUCGUUAUCGGUACGUCAGUCAAAGGAUUAUUCGACAACCGUCACCAGUUUUCUGCAGAAACAUCCGAUGAAAUGCAAUCUUGGAUACAAUCGAUACAAAAUGCAAUCGCGGAAGCCAGAGUCAACCGAACCAAGCCAGGAAGGAAGAAGCAAGAUGGAAAGUCACCUGACCUCAGUUAUUCGUCACAGGAGACAACUGAAGCAGCGAGCACCACAUGUUUAGUCAAUGCAACCAAAGAUCGAGCCAGAGGACCUCAAGGUAGACGAUUACCGCAAAGGAAAUCCUUGAUGCCACAGUCUCGAUCGGACGAAGUAAGUGACCUACGACAACGGUCCAUUAGUUUGUCCACCCCUCAAUCGUCUGAUCGAAUUGAUGAAGAAGAAAGUCCACCCUCACAACAAACAAGUGAAAACAAAUGGUUGAGUUUGUCAAUGGAAGAAAUGGAGAGGGAAUCGGACGACGCAUUCGAAACACAGCGAAGCAGUUCCGCAUUCGACAUUCAUAAGCAUAAGGAUUCUUCACCCCAACUUAAUGAUGGAGAAUCGAUGGUGAAAAAAAUGGUGCGUCGUGGAAAUCUGAUGGGUCAACACGCUGCCCUGACCAAAGAGUUGGAGAUGAAACUAAAGGCUGGAAUGACCCCUGGUGCAAGAAGACCACCCUCAGAGAGUGAAGACGACAGCCAAUCCAAGAAAGACGGUGAUUCAGAAAAGAACAUGGAACAACUUAUAACUAAAGUGAAUACCACCAAAGAAGGACUGCGGCAACUGGAAGACAAAGUUAGCUUGUUGAUGAAGACAGUGGAAUCAGCGAGUGAAAAUAACGAUAAAGCUAAAUCUCAAGCUGGUGAUAUUCUUCUUCAAGCAACGGUCACAUUGCAGGAAGCAGAAAGGAUUAAUGCGGAGUGCAAGAGGGCUUUAACAGAAGUGAGCGAGGCAAAAACUGAAUACCAAUUGCUUAUGAAAGAAUGUGAGAGAACCUUGGCCAAACUAAAAAGUGAUUCAGAGAGUCAAAAUGAUAGCACCUGAAUUUUUUGUACCCCAUCAACUCUUGUUAUUCCUAACUUCUGAAUCGGUGUUCCGAAGCGAACUUUUUUCAAAGUCAGUGUUCUGAAAUGACUUUUAACAUGCAAGAACAUGUUUCAGAAUUCAUUUUCUUACAUGAGCAAAUAUUAUGAACACAAUACCUUGAGGAAAUUUAGUUUUCUUAGGUAGUAUAAAAAACCUGUACUCAAGAUACGUUCUUUGAAAACUGUGUAAGUUGAUCACUUGUAGUUAUUUUAAUACAGGUGGUCAACUUAGUAAGGAGCUAUUCGAUUGUUUUCACCGAUUUGGUAUUUGAUUAUCGAGAUCAACUGAACAGAUUUCGCAGUACUAAUACAAUUUGCAAUGCUCCAUGUUAACCAAUUUAUAAGUUAAAAUAAACAGUCCAUUUUGUUUUUUUAAGGAUAAAAAUUGGUGCAAAAAUUUCAAAGGAAAUAUUUAAUUUGAAACUAUUACAUAAUUUGCAAUUAUUACUUAAUUUUGUAUUUAAUUUGAAAUUAUAACAUAUUUGUAAUUAUUGCAUAAUUAUAAAUUAAUACAUAUUCAAGAUGCGAAAAUUAUGAAAAUUCUAAUCCUUUUCCUUGGGAUGAAUGAUUUCAGAGUAAAGUAAUUAUUUUACACUUAACUUUAUCAAACUUCCAUUUUAUAUAAUAGUACAGAUCAAUUUUAUAGAUUCUUAAAAUUACAGCAAUUUUGAACUUAAGUUAUAUUUUUAACUAAAUAUUACUUAAACACUUUACUCCAGUAUUGUCUUUUGCAGGGCGUUUAAUAUCUCUAAACAUCGUUAAAAAAUAUUCAUAUUUCACUGAAGGAAAUAUUAAUAUUUCACGAUAAACCGCAAUAUUUUUUUUCCGAUUCACAAUUUUAUGAUCAAUAUUUUUGUCUAUCAAAUUGAAUUUUUCAACUAACCCCUUAUCCGCAUAAUGAUUUAGAAUCGAAUAUAAUUUUCGAUAUAACGCUAUUCUAUAACUAUCAUUGUCAAUAUUGAUUUCGAUAUCGUAGAAUUAAAUAAUGAUCGAUGCGAAUAAUCAUGAUAUUAUCGUUGUAGAUAUAUUCGAUGUUGUAAGAUAUGGUAUUCACUAUACAUCACGAGACUAAUAUUUGAAAUGUCAAGGUUUCACAGAACAACGCUCAGUUCUUAUAGAUGAGUUCAAACUAAAGAAAAAAAUUUUAAUCCCAAUUUGAAUUUAUAAAAUUGUUUUUCUAAACCUUCACAGGAUCAGUUUUAAAAGAAAAUAUAAAAUUUUUAUUGUUUAAGAAUUUGAUGCUUUUUUUCGCUCUGCAGUGCAUUCCCUAAUUGAGUGAUUUAGGUAAAAAUUGUAAGUUAUUUCCUCCAAUGUGUACUGUCUCCGCAUUGAGUAUUUUUGUCAAAAAUUUUAUGCUACUUUCUUUAUAUUGUUUUGACAAAAAACGUAAGUUACUUUCGCUGCUGUGCAAUGAUGAGUAACAUUCAAAAAAGUUUUUUCAAGGAAAUGCUGAUAAUGUUUCUUCAUUGAAUAGAGUUUGAAAUCUACAGCUUAAAACUAAAUAAAUACGUUGGUAUAGUCUUUUUGGGUCAGUUAAAAGAGAUUUAUAAAAUUGUAUGAAUGAGAAUUAAGCCAAGAAGAAUUUUACACCGAGUUUCUAGUCAGUGCCUUAUUAAUUGCCAAUUAAACCAAAGUCUGGUGAUAAAGCCUGUAUUAUGCUGUUUUCUAUUUUUUCAUAAGGGGUUUUGCAGAAAAUGUGCUUUUUGUAACCAUUUAAAUUAGAAACAGCUUUAAAAGCUAUAUUCUUUAUGUAUUAAGUGUUGAUAUUGUCAUAUUUUCUGCAGUCCUUAUUUAUGUAUUGUUAAUAUAUAUGAAGUGCAAUUUUCAUUAAAUUUGUGUAUAAAUAAAACUAUAGUGAAAAUUUC